UUUACUGUUCUUGGAUUUGCUCAAAGUUCCAUUCCAUAUUUAUGUAGCUAAAGAUCAUUGUAUAGAUCAGUCAGGAUGAACUUCUUUCGAAAUGACGGGUUUUUUUUGAAAUCGGCAUCUUUAGAUGAAGAUAUUGUGAUAAAGAAAAUCCUACUUAUGCAUGAUCCUGAUGGUCGUCACUUUGAUUCUGAGCUACUACUUUCUGCAAUGGAAAAUGUCAUGUGUUACUCUGCUUCAUCAGAAGUUAGCCGCUCUCAGAUUGAUGCCAUUGCAGUGAAUGAUAUAAGCAACAUUGAUAUAGUUGGGGCACAGGAGUCAUUGAGACAGAUUAUCAGCAGAAUAUCAUGUGAGAUCAAAAGCUCGAGUGAAGGGGAUCUACAUGCGAGGACUAUGAUCUUGUUCGAUUUGCUUGGAAAUUACAGAUGGGAUGCCAAAUUAGUACUAAUACUCGCAGCAUUCGCAACAAGCUACGGUGAAUUUUGGCUGAUAAUGCAGCUAUACCCUUGUAAUCCUCUCGCGGUAGCAGUUGCAACAAUUAAGCAAUUGCCUAACGAGUUAAGCGCGUUGAAGCCUAUAUUUAAGGCUUUGAGCUUGUUGGUGAAGACUAUGGUAGCUGUCACAAAGUGCAUUAUCAAAUUUGAAAGCUUGCCAUUCAGACAUGUAAAGCUUGAUGAUGAAGCAAUGUCUAAAGCAAAGUCACAUAUCUAUAUAUCCUCCUAUUGGGUGGCAAGAAGCACCCUGGCUUGCUCUUCCCAGAUUGCAGAUCUUGCAGCAAUGUCGCCUGAGCAAGUGCACUCAAAUUCAGCAGCAGUUACAGCAUGGAAGCUAUUAAGUCUGGUAUACAAGCUGAGCAGUAUGUGCAAUCGCCUGAUUCAGGAGGUGGAUUCGUGUCAUCGACAGAUAGACACAAAGUUGCAUCAGAAGCUGUUGAACAUUUUCCAAGAAGAACAUGCUGAUAACCAAGAGGUCCUUGGCUUGUUAUUGGCUCUGAAGGAUGACUUGCCACUCAAGCAAUUUUCUAUGGAAGAAAAGUUAGGUGUUUCUGAACUGAAAGACAAGGUAGUUAUACUUUUGGUCUCAAAGCCAGUGCUUAUUCCACUAGAGGGACUAUUCCUGUUGAUUCAUCAAGCACAAGAUUAUUCUCAACACAAGGAGUUAGAUAAAAAUUAUGAAAUUAUUUGGGUUCCGAUCUCAUUUUCCGAUACAUGGACGGAUUCUGAAGUAGAAAGAUUCAACUUCUUAUCAAACACUUUGCCAUGGUACUCAAUCCGGCAGCCUUGGUUACUCCACUCAGCUAUUGUGAACUAUAUCAAACAAGAAUGGAACUUCAAAGAUGACCCUCUUAUGCUCGUGCUGGAUUCGAAAGGGGUCGUUACGAACCCGAAUGCAAUUGAUAUGGUAGUGAUCUGGGGUGCCAAAGCAUUUCCUUUCUCAUCUUCAAGAGAAAAACAGCUGUGGGAAGAACAGAAUUGGACUCUGCAAUUUUUGAUUGAUGAUAUUGACCCCUUGCUAACUAGAUGGGUAGAAGAAGGAAGAAACAUUUGUAUUUAUGGAAGUGAAAAUAUAGACUGGAUCAGGAAAUUCAAUGCAAAAUUUCAAGAAAUUAGAAAUUUUGGUGUGCAGCUUGAAAUGGUAUAUGUUGGCAAUAAGAACCUGACAGAGCUUAUCAGAAAUAUUCUAGCAAUCAUCAAUGUAGAAAUGCAUAGCAAUGUUCUUUCUUUCUCAAAAUUACAUUUGUUUUGGCUUCGAAUCGAAAGUAUUCAAAGAUCGAAACUCCGAAUGACGGAAUCUAUCGGUUCUGAUCAUAUUCAGGAAGAAAUAUCAGAAUUGCUAGACAUUAACAAUGAGGGAUGGGUAAUAGUAGGAAGAGGGAGUAGUAGUACUACAGGAGAAAUAGUAAAGCUUGAGGGAACAAAAAUGACCAAAUGUUUGGAUCGAUUUUCGGAGUGGCGAGACAGUGUGGCGAAAUUAGGGUUCUUGGGUGCACUCAGGAAUACCCUGGAUCCACCGCCUACGCCAACUGAGCAUUGCAGCCACUCGAACAUUUUGCCUUAUGCCGAAGGAUUAUUAGAGGGAAUUGUAGUAUGCGAAAACUGUAAGCGUCCGAUGGAGCAAUUUAUAGUAUAUGAAUAACUUUGAUAAGCA